AUGGGAGACCUACGAAGGGAGGCCGAGGCUACAACUCCGGCAGGAGACCACCACCACCAUUUGCUCUCGUCCACCAUCGGAGAUGAGGAUUUAGCUCGGGAAUUGAAGAUCCAUAGUUACGGAAAGAGCUUCAACGGAUUUGCAGCGAGGCUGUUGCCGGACGAAGCGAAGAUUCUGGCGGAAAGAGAAGGGGUUGUAUCAGUGUUUCCAAACAGACAGCUCAAACUUCACACAACUAGAUCAUGGGACUUCUUAGGAAUGACGGAAGAUUUGGUGAAGAGAAAUGCUAAAGCAGAGAGCGAUAUCAUAGUGGGUGUGUUGGAUACAGGAAUUUGUUUGGAGGCUCCAAGUUUUAGCGACAAAGGCUAUGGGCCUCCCCCUAAGAAAUGGAAGGGCAAAUGUGACAAAGGCGCCAACUUCACCGGCUGCAACAAGAAGGUCAUCGGCGCAAGAUACUACAACCUGGACCACGUCGACACCAACCCAACUCCGGCAGACACCGACGGCCACGGCACCCACACUGCCUCCACGGCCGCCGGCGCACCAGUCGCGGGAGCCAGCUUCUACGGCUUGGCGGCGGGCACCGCUCGCGGAGGCGUGCCAGCGGCGCGCAUCGCCGUCUACAAAGUGUGCUGGCCCGCGGGGUGCUCCGACAUGGACCUCUUGGCGGCUUUCGACGACGCCAUCGCGGACGGCGUCGACGUCAUAUCGGUGUCCAUCGGCGGGACUUCUAGGGAUUUCUUCAACGACCCCAUCGCCAUCGGAGCAUUCCACGCCAUGAAGAGGGGAAUCCUCACGUCCUGCUCCGCCGGAAACGAGGGGCCUUCGGAGUCCACCGUACAAAACGUGGCGCCGUGGAUAUUGACGGUGGCAGCCACCAGCACCGACCGCCAGUUCAGGACGGCGAUUAAGUUGGGGAAUGGCGAGAGAAUUCCGGGAAUUGCAGUGAACACAUUUUCGCCAAAGAAAGGGAUGUAUCCUUUAAUAAGCGGGGCAAUGGCGGCCAAUGGCAGUGGAGACAGUUACGGAAAUGUCAGUGCAUGUGACGUUGGGAGUCUAAGCGAGGAGAAGGUGAAGGGACGCAUAGUGUACUGCCUGGGAAGAAGCGGGCAGGACUACACCAUUAGAGACAUGGGGGGAGCUGGAGCCAUCAUGGUCACUGACGAACUCGCCGACAUUGCCUACACCUUUGUCCUCCCCGGUGCCUCCGUCUCCAUCCGUCAGGGCUCCCGCAUUGACCACUACAUCAACUCCACCAAAAAUGCCCAGGCUGUCAUCUACAAGUCAAGAACCGCUCGAACACCUGCCCCCUUCAUCGCUUCUUUCUCUUCCAGAGGACCCCAAUUGAUCAAUCGCAACAUUCUCAAGCCAGACGUUGCUGCACCAGGGCUGGACAUACUGGCGGCCUACUCAACUUUGAGGUCAGUGACGGGGGAUCCAGGUGACAACCGGAUUGCAAAAUUUAACAUUAUAUCAGGAACAUCAAUGGCUUGCCCGCAUGUAUCGGCAGCAGCUGCCUAUGUCAAGACCUUCCGUCCCACAUGGUCUCCUGCAGCUAUCAAGUCUGCUCUCAUGACCACAGCCACGCCCAUGAAGAUCAAGGAACCAGAUGCCGAGCUUGGCUCUGGUUCUGGCCAAAUAAACCCAGUCCAGGCAGUGCACCCUGGCCUGGUUUACGACAUUCCCAUCAGCUCCUACAUCCGCUUUCUGUGCAAGGAAGGCUACAACAGCACCACCAUCCGCCUGCUCACUGGGGGCAAGAAGCAAUUCAACUGCUCCCAGUUCAAACCAGCAUGGGGAACUGAUGGCCUCAACUACCCCACCAUGCAUCUCCAGUUGACGGAUGCAAACUCCUCCACAUAUUCAGCAGUCUUCCACCGGACAGUGACGCAUGUUGAAACUGGGAAGUCAGUAUACAAGGCCAAGGUUACAUCGCCAAAGGGUCUUUCAGUGACGGUAUUCCCCAACACUUUAUCAUUCGACGGAUUGAAUAAAAAGAGGUCUUUCAAGGUAACAGUUAAGGGCACACCAGGCAGUACGUCUGGAAUUUUAUCAGCAUUGCUGGAGUGGACAGACUCUAAGCACAGUGUUAGAAGUCCCAUCCUCAUUUAUAAGAUCACAACAAUGGCUUAAAAGAGUUUUUUCACUUCAGGGUUCUGAAGCCGGGUCAGUUUUGUUUUGGUUUAUUUAUGUUUUGUUUUUUCUUCACACUUGUUUCUGAAUUCUUUUGUAUUCUAACUUCAUAGAAUCAAUAAUACAACAGUCAAGAA